UGUGUGUAGGUGGGAGAUCAUUUCUGUAUGAAAAGAAAACAGGAAAUUGAAUAAAAAUGGUGACGUCAUUGGUGAGCGCCUCUGCUGGCCUUCGAAAUGGGCUCGACUCCCUAGCCUUGAUUUCUUCAAUUGUCCCACUGCAUAUCAACUUUUAGUAAGAAAAAACCCCUUCGCGAUGACAUUUGGAGGUGAAUUUGUAGAUGAGGUGAACCAGGUGUUUUUCCAGCUGGUCUCUGUGCAGGCUGACUGGCUUGCAAGUUUCAGUUCCUGUGCAGUACAGUAAAGCUACCCACUCGGUCAGAGGAUUGCAAUGAAACAAGCUCAGGAGCGCAACCAGGAGUGCCUGCCUCCUAAGAAGAGGGACCUUCCAGGUAGUAACAGCAUUGGAGCUGGAGGGGUGGGGGGAGGUGGAACAGCAGGAGGAGGAGGAGGUGGAGGUGGAGGAGGCGGCGGCGGCAGCGGCAGUGGAGGUGGAACCAAUGCCGGUGGUGCUGGAGAAGAUGAAGUUGGACCUGUCCAAAACUCUGCAGCCAACAGUGACACUCAGGGAGGGACUGCAGAGUGGCUGCGAGCUCAGCCAGGGCUUCAUUACGGAGUAGAUAAUUCUGAGGGCAUAACAGCGGUGUCUGUUGACCAAUACAGUAUGCUCUACAAAGUGGCACUUCCAUCACCUACAAGUCUUCACCCAGUUUUGAGCCACAUUUCUCCAGCCUACACCGUGCACUCGCCUCUCCUGCAGCACCCAGGCCUUUCCUAUCCUCCUCUCGGAUAUGCCCAGAUCCCUCAUUCCUCUCUCCAGUUUGUUAGUUCCCCUUAUGCAGCAGUACCUUACGCUCUCCCCCCUGGCUUUGUCCCGGGGUCAUUAAUCUCUCCAACAGGCGCCAUUCCUCAGCCCCACACUGUGUCCCACCUCGUUCCCUAUCCAUCUGUCAUACAAGAAGGUGUUGUUUCCCCACCUCCCCAGGCCCAGGUAGCUGCUCACACCUUUGCCAAAGUUGCAGCAACCAGCAGUGUCCCAUUAAUGCAUCCUUCAGAGCAAGCUGCCCAGCAGCACCUCAGCACUGUAGGGGUCCUGUCUGCAACAGAGGUCGGCUCUAGAGGGAUGCCAGUCUACUACCACCCUCAGGUGGCCAGGGCUGCCACUGCAACCAGAGAACCCCACGGUGGCCAGCAGGGGAAUGAACCAGAGAUGAAUGGAGGCGAUAAAGAGCAGGGAGCCAGGGAGGUUGUCGUACUAGAUCCAGCCUACACUGCCAGAAAUUCACGUCUGCUGCAGGUAGCAUUCAGCGCUGCAGCACAGGAGCACAGCCAAGAAAGAGGCCUGCAGAACAAAAGGCAUGAGGGGAGAGUCUCACCUGGCCAGCGCAGCACUCCAGACAGCGACCUGGAGGUGCAGCAGGUCGUUGGUCAUUUGGCGUCUUCUAGCCAAAGUGGUAGUGGACUGAGGAAAGAGGUCUCCUUUGCGCCUUUAAACCUCUCUCAGGGUGCCCAGAGAGCGAGAGAUGUCCAUGGGGAGAACACGGGCGUCAUUUCGAGCCGGACUGCGUACACGGCGGGGACUGUGAGUUACAGUGACCCCAGAAUGGCGGGUGUCCAUGCACAAACAGGACAACCAGGCCAUGCUGUCAUGAUAGCCAAUGGGCAACCGGUCCUUAUUCCCCUGGAGUAUCAUCUGCCACAUCAGCCCCAACUGACACAGCAACACUAUCUAGGACAGGCUAAUGACGUAUCAGUCAGCUAUGCCUCCACCACCAUGGCCUCCUCUAACCCAAGCUUUAAAACCUCUGAUUCUUCAGCCAGAGUGUGCCUCCCUGAAAGGGCGGAGCAGACCCAAGCUCAGCAGCAACCCCCUCAGCAGCAACCUCUUGUUCAGCCUGCAGCAGACGUAACUCAGGCCUUGGCUUCAAGCCACACUCCUGCCCAGGCUCCCGGCAACCCGUCACAUUUUAUGAAGGGGGCCAUCAUCCAGCUGGCCACAGGGGAACUGAAGCGUGUGGAAGACCUGCAGACUCAGGACUUUGUGCGCAGCGCUGAGGUGAGUGGAGGGCUUAAGAUUGACUCCAGCAUGGUGGUGGACAUCCGUGCCAGCCAGCAGAGACCUGGUCUUGUGUCACUUCACUUUACUGUUGGGGAGCAGCAGAGUAAAGUCACUAUUGACGUGCCCCCAGAGCACCCUUUCUUCGUGUUUGGGCAGGGCUGGUCCUCCUGCAGCCCUGAACGCACCGCCCAGCUCUACGGCCUGGCCUGCCAUCAUCUGCAAGUAGGAGAUGUUUGCGUGUCCAUUACUCUGCAGCAGCAGCAGCAGCUUCAGCAACAGCAGCAGAAACAACCACAGCAUCAUCAUUCACAGCAACAACAACAGAGCCUGCCCAGAACUUUAAGCAAAACCAACGCUACGUCAGGACCUGGUCACCAGCUCAUGGGUCCACCUGCCCCUCAGCAGUCGAGGCCUACGUCGCAUUUCAGGCUAGAUCGAAUCCAACGAGAGAGACAGAGAGAGGGAGAUAAAGAUGCGGUCGAUAGGGAGGAUGCCAGACAUUUUGGGGUUGUUGGGCACACUGAGCCACCCAUCAGACCAAGUAGGACCUCAGCAGAGCAUCCAAGGAGCCAGAGCAGUUUCCAUUUGCACACAGAGGGCUCUACUUUUGCAGGGGCAGGGAUGGCAGCAAUGCAGGCUUCACUAGGUGCUUCUCAGAGGCGCUGGUCGUCACCUGCCCUCCAAAGAUACAGUAUGAAGGGAGACGAAGGGCCACGCCCUCAAAUAAGCACCUCCGGCCACACAAGGCCCUCUUUCAUCCCCCAGGAGAUCAAACUGUCCAUAGAGGGGCGCUCUAAUGCAGGGAAGUAGCAUCACAUUUGGUAGCAACUAUAGAAUGGACUGCCAAGAGUAAGAAUGAGUCUAAGGAGAGAAAGAGGAAGAAAAAAAAAGAGUGCGAAUGUAGCCUCAGAAUGUUUGAGAUUUGCACACCGUAAAUGUAAAAAAAAAACAACACAAGAUCUGUGUCAAUCUGGAGAGAAGUUGUGGUUUUCAAUUAGCCAAAGGAUACAAGGCUGUGCUUUUCCAGCCAGCUGAGGUCUGACAGGGACAUGAAGAGCUGAGUAGAAAGUAUGUAGCUGUUGAGAUCCCUACCAUAGUCCUUACACACUGCAUUUAUCUCCCUCCCUCCCUCCCUCCUUUGUGGUCACUUACUCAUUUCCAUGCUAAGAGGUACCCUUUGCAUUCAGAAAACUCUGGCUUCCUUUUUGAUAGAAUUGUCUUUGGAAGACCACAAACUCCAAAAAAAAAAAGUGCUUGUAGCACAGCAAAGCUACCAACUCUGCAGAUUUUGAUGUAUAUACAAGAUCCACAGCCUAGGACUUUUGUCUCCUCCUUUCCUACGAUCCUGUUUCCUUCAAAAAGCAUUUUCCCCCCAAAAAACUGAGUACAGUUGCUGACCUCAGUUCCUGUGGUGAUGCUAACAGUCAGUGUAUGUUACAUUACGCCUCUUAAGCAAGAGUCUAAAACCUCUUUUGUCAGCAGAGAUCCUCUCUCAGUCUGCAAAGAACAGUAUCCUCUCUCAGGCCAAGUGUGGCACGCCUCGCUUGUCUUACAAUCAAAGAUGGUGGAAAAUCAAUCAAUCAGUCUGUUCAGCGAUCAGUUUGAACUAAAAGAAAAAAAAAAAGAUUUCUUUCUUCCCUCUGUUUCAUGCCCUCUGUUUUAUGGUGAGGGCCCUUACAUUUGUGUUUGUGUGCAUAAAUGCUGCAGAAUGGAAAGUGUUUACAGAAACAUUUUACAUUCCAGUAUCAUCCGAGAGAAUUUCCAUCACUUCAUGUAAAUCUUAUGACUCAAUAAUUUCCCCUCCUUCCUCCUCACUAUACCUCAAAGCUUUCCGACCAGACUGGUGACUAUUGAUGCAAUUUUCAAGAGCAUGAUUAUGGAGGAGGAGGCACUGGCUGGUCAUCACCAAAGCCACCUGCGGGAAUAAACCAGAGACAUAUUCCCGUGUCAGAUCAAUGGCUACAAGCCACUGUAGCCUACUUAGAAGGGAUGUGUUUUGUUUGCCUUAGAGAGAAACCCUAUGUGCGGGCAGGUCAGUGGCGAAAUUUGAUGAACUCUUUGCUCAGUUACCAAAUGAAAGCAAUAGUUGUUUUUACAGCACGCUGCUGUAAUCCUCUCCCCCAGGAACCACUCUUUGUGUGGGCCGUUUUAUAUCUCUUUACAUCAGAGGUGUGAGAUCCAACCCUCUUUAACCCUGUCUUUCAAAGAUGAUGCACUAUUUAGAUUAAUUUCUUUGAAGCUUUAUUAUUUUUACUCAAACAAAACCCACAUUCAACAAAAUUGUCAGGAAAUAGCUGAAGCUGAAUAUUCUUCUUUUAAAUUCUGCAUCUCACUGAUGACAUUUACUCAAGUGCAACUAGAAGAAAGGCUGGACUUUAAUUACAUUGCGGUCAUUAUCAGUUUAUGUUUAUGUUCUGUCCUUGGCUUGUGUGUUUGGAUCUGCUGUAUGCAGGGAGUCUUUUGAUUGUUUUGUGUUGCACAUAGAAAAUGUCACUCAUUGACUUCACACUGACCUUGUUUAUAAGAAUCGCAGUACAGUAGAUUUAGAUUUUUUUUAAUGAAGGGAAAAUGUUUGAAGUAUUGUUUUGAGUAUUUUGUGAUUAGAGAGAGAGAGAAAAUGACCUGCAUUUUUUUAACUCUGUUUACAAAUUAGCCAAGUUGAAUGCUGCAGUUUCCUCCUCUUGACACGUUAAUCCCUGACAACUAAAUCCAAAAAAUCAGAAAGGGUAAAACUUAAAAUAAGUGCAAUUAGACCAUACAUAGAAUCAUUUUGAGGUUUAUAAUCAGAUAGCAUUCCUCACACAAACAUUCCCAUUAGAAAGUGUACAUCAAACAGUACCAGUUUUCUUUCUUGCUUUUUUUUUAAUUUUUUUUUUUACUGUCAUGAUCUUUGGACUGACCUCUGGGAAAAAACAUUUGAUCAUUUCAUGAAUUGCCUGAUGUAUUACCUUUCAUUGGAUGUACUCAGAAAGUUACUUGCAUGGUUGUUAACUUGCUAUGUGACGGAUGUGUUAAUGUUGUACCCCAGCACUACGGUGUGUCCUUCCUGUAGAGCCUUUGCCCCUUCUGUUUUCACCUGAUGUACAGGCAGACGCUCUGACAGCAGGCAGAGGGGCCUACCAGACUCUCCUCCUCUGGUACUGUCAUUACUAGAAGCUUUAAAGGAGAGAUUGACAUUUGUUCAAGUCUUUCUUUAAAACAGUCCUCACAUCCCCCCCCCCCCCGUCAAGAAUUAUUCAAGGUAAUCAUUUCUCAUCCUUGAACAGUAGCCUGUUCUGAUGCAAAUCUAAUGAAAAAGAUCGUGGGACGAAAUCUAAAGCCAUCUUUCUGUGCAAUAACGUUAUCCAUGCUAAUAUAAGGCUUCAAUCCAAUCAAACGAGUGUCUCGCAGAGUUGCAGUUUUUUUUUGUUGCACACAAUUGACUUUUGAAGUAACUCUGUUGAAUUAUUCUUUUCAUUUGUCCUCCAUUAUUAUUACUACCUUAUUGAUAUUAGUAUCAAUUACAAAGAUAUUGAAAGAAUUGAAACUUUUUUUUUGUUGGACAAAUCAUUUCACAAUUUAUCAUUAUAAUUGUAAGACGUUAAAUUUGCUUUUCUACAUUAAGAUUCAGUACUGUAGAUCAGCGAGUCCACAUGUUGUGUCCCCAGUUGUAUCAGUACGAGCUUUAUGGCCAGACAUGUGUGCACAUACGACUCAUUUGACUCCAGUUAGCUUUACUCUCGAUGCCACGCAUUUAAACUAUACUACGCUGUCAAACCGGUAUCCCAAUGCAAACGUGGCAUGGAUACGGUGAAUGAUUAUGAAUAGUUAUAACUUGUGAAACAAGUUUGCAUGGUGUUAAGAUAGACUUGAAAAAACUGUCAAUCUAUCCUUUAAAAUGCUUUGUAAUGACUUCUACAUCUUUGUUCACACGAGAACACAUCUUGACAUCACAAAGUUCACCACACUGCAUUUGUUUUCAUGCUUUAAGCAAUAGACAUAACCCUGAAAACAUUUCAUUUAGUCUGGGUGUUUUCUAUGCAGUAAACUCACAGUAUUGUAACUUCUUUGUCUUAAGUACGGCUCCAGGUGCAGGUUGGCUGAUGCAGUCAUUUUUUUUUUCCAAUGAUGUCUGGUUAAAGGAUUAUUCUAAAUAGGAAUACACCAGUAUUUUAUUUUGUGUAGUAGUUUUGCUUCUUGUAGUUUUUGCUUGGUUGUCUCAAUCUUCCUACUUAAAGCCCCCUGCAGAGUCUCAGAUCGGUAAACUUUGACUGUCUCUUUUGGUGCCACACAGUCGGAGCCAUAUCACUCAAGACUGGUGUCAAUCAGAUUUUUGUGUGUUGUUUUGGCACCGUUGCCUCGACACUUCAGCAUUUUCUUUUAGGUCAACAUGCAUUUGGGCUUUAAAUGGUGCAUGCAGUGCCACCUGUGAAUUUACCUCCUGUUCAUUCUCACAGCGAAGACCAACCUGCGCUACCAUGAGCCUGUUCGUUUCGGCCCUCUGCUCUGAGCAGUGUGUGCCGCCAUGUUUAACAGGAAAACAAAAAACACAAAGAUGUCACAUGACACACAUCCUCUUCACAUUACUGAGUCUGUUGCUGUAAGUAAUUGCACUAAAAGCCCUCUUUCACAGUGUUUUUAUUUGAUUUGAUAAAAGCUGUAGGUAUAUUGAAGAGUUUCAAAAUGUUAGAGCACACAGAAUCAUGGAGGAAUUGCAGGUUGUGUGUUUCUGUAGAUAGAUGUUUUUUUUUUUUUUUUUUGUAUAGAUAGCUUUGAUAACGCAUGUUGAUAAUGCCUUAAAUUCUGCUUUGUACAGUGUGUGAAAUAAUGGAAUAAUGCUUCUAGUAGAUUUGGUGUUCCCUUUUCAGGCUGUGUACAAAAGCAAAUCAGAAAUGUCAAGCCGUGACAUCCACUUUGUCUUUUUGUUUCCUUUUUGUCAUGAUCUAUACCGUUACAUUUUUUAAUACGUUUGUUCUGCUCACACUUACCUUUUUUAAUUACUUUUCACUGUUUUUUUGUUUUGUUUUUCAAUGUGCCGAAGUGAAGUAAAUGGAAGCUUUUCUCUGCACUUUUUACAAUAUGAUGCCAAGAGUGUCUGCAAUGGAGGGCAGUCCAUUAAGUCCACAUAUAGACAGCCAGACAUGCACACAUCUGUUGUUUUAUAGUUGCACACGAUCAGUAGGUUUUUUUUCUAUAUAUAUCUUGCAUUAAUGGAUUGUGUUUGGUGUCUUGUGCUUUGACCAACAGUCUCUGGACGAGAGAAAGUGGGUUUGAAUAAAUGGAGGCAGAAAAGCUGCAUAAAUCAGAUAGCUUUCCAUUGAUGGUAAUGUACUGGUUUUGUUUAGUUUUGUGAUGUUGACAGUGGGAUUUCUUUUUUUUGUUUUAAUCUGUGUGUGAACAACUUCCUAUAGUUUGAUCCAAUAUUGAACUGCAAAGGUGAAUUGAGUGGGGUGUUGGUGUCGCUGAUGUCAUAUGAAUUCAGGAGAAUGAGAACGGUUUCAAGUUUUAAAGAAGUCUGUGUAUUUUCAGAUUUGAUGAUGUACAUUUUUUUCGGCACAAGGUGACACUGCUUUUCAUGUGACAUGUUAACUAUUCUAAAAACGAAACAGAAAACAGUGUCUUUUCUUAAACAUGCCUAAAUCUGCAAAAUAUAUGCAAUGAUGUAAAUGUAACAUUCAAUCCUCAAGUAUAAUCCAGGUUGUAUGAACUUUGUAUAGUGAGUUUUAAUAUUGUACGGCCGUACCAAUAUGUAUUGAUCUUUAUCUGAAGCCUUAGAGUUGUUGACCGAAAGUGCUCCCUUAGAAUACCCUACACCUACCUGACUUUAACAAAGCAUUAAUAUCUCUAUUUUGUUGCAUUCUUAUUUGUACCGUUUUGAAUAAAAUAGAUUUGUACUGUAUAUUUGUACCUCUCUGUGAACUACUUAGGGCGGUCUUUGUUUUUUUUUGUUUUGUUUUGCUGUUUUAAUUUCUAUGUACUUUAAGGACACAAAGAUAUUGUAUUUUUAUUGUUACAGCUAACUUGGAGACAUUGCAUUUAUCAUGUUUGUUAAGUAAACACAAUAUAAUAUAUAUAUACAAAUAUAAAUAUAAACUAUUAUCCAA